AUGGAGCCUAUAGCAUCACCUCAGGUAUUAGAAGAACAACCGGAGAAGGGUAGUUUACAUAUUUCAAAGGGUGGAGAGCAAAUUUCUUUGUUACCAACAGCAAUUGUUUAUGUUAAGUCUAAGAACGGAACCAUCCCAUUGCGUGCGUUAAUUGACCAGGGUUCACACAUUUCAUUCAUAACGCAAGCAGCGGUUCAGUUACUGGGAAUCAAACGUCAAGCGGUCAAGGGUCAUUUUGCAGGGUUGGGCGGUGAAAUUAACGUGGUUUCAAAAUCCAAAACAGAUCUUGUUUUGCAUUCAUUGCACAAUCCAGACUGCAGCGUCCAAGUAACAGCCUUUGUUUUAGACAAAAUAACGGGAUUUCUACCUCCUCAAAGAGUUUCGGUGGCAUCAUGGCCGAUUUUAAAGGAUAUCAAGUUAGCCGAUCCGAAUUUCCACUCACCUAACAAAAUCGAUUUGUUGUUAGGGUCAGAUGUUUAUGGGAAUAUAUUGAUGGAAGGUAUUCGCAAAUGUUCAUCAGGGUCGUUGCUAGCUCAAGCCACCAUUUUUGGUUGGAUUUUAACCGGGACAAAUCAAUUACAAUCACAUGCUGCAAAUAUAGUUAGCAUGCAUGUUCAAUCGGAUGAUUUUUUGAAAUCAUUUUGGGAAAUCGAAAACGAGCCAAAGUUAAAUCAGAAGAUUAUGUCAGAAGAGGAGAAACGGUGUGAAGAAAUCUAUGCUGCAACUACUACCCGUGAUGAAACUGGACGUUAUAUUGUCAAGUUACCGUUCCGGGAUGAUAAUCCAACUUGUCAAGGUCAGACACGGGAAGCAGCUUUGAGAAGAUUUCUGAAACUAGAACAACAAUUAGCAAGGAAUGAAAACUUAAAAGGGGAAUUUAAACAAACCUUUGAUGAGAUG